AUGGGAAACAUAAUAACUCUGCAGGUAGGGCAAUGUGGAAACCAAAUAGGAAGUGAAUUCUGGGAGAAAGUGUGCAGUGAACAUAAUAUAUCAAGCAACGGGGAAGUACUGCAGCAGACAGCAGGUGAUAGGAAGGACGCAUUCUUCUAUGAAUCUUACGAUGGAAGAUACUUUCCUAGAGGAAUUCUAAUAGACUUAGAGCCCCGUGUAAUCACAUCAAUCACAAAUAGUAAGCCAAAUCUAUUCAGUCCAGAAAAUAUAUGGAUGGGUGCAGAGAGCAGAGGAGCAGGGAAUGUUUGGUCUAGUGGAUACCAGCAAGGAAAAGAAAGCAGAGAGACCAUCCUGGAAAUUAUUCAAAAAGAAGCAGAGAGCAGUAAUUUCCUGGAUGGAUUUAUUCUUUUCCAUUCCUUGGGUGGUGGGACAGGAUCUGGUCUAGGGUCAUAUCUUCUUGAAGAAAUCCGGGAAAAAUAUCCAAAGAAAACUAUUCAAACUAUUUCCGUGUUCCCAAAUAACUCUGAAGUGAGUGAGUCUGUUGUCCAGCCAUAUAACACAAUGCUCUCACUAAGAAGGUUGAUAGAGAAUUCAGAUGGAGUUAUUUCGAUGGACAAUGGGUCUUUGACGGCAGCAAUUGGAGAUGCCCUGAAAGUGUCUGCUCCAACGGUCGCACAUACAAAUCAACUGGCAUCUUCUGUUGCAGCUGCAUCUACAGUUACUGUGAGAUUUCCUGGCAGUAGAUUCAGUGACAUGAGUACGCUUCUAUCAGCUGCCUCACCUGUUCCAGGCUGUCACUUUCUAGUGCCUUCGUAUGCUCCAUUCAUUGGGGCAGGCACAUGCGCAGUCAGAAAAAUAACUUGCGUUGAUGUUCAAAGGAGACUUGUUCUCCCAAAGGCUGGGCUACUGGGAUUUGAAGAGAGUGAAACAAACAGAGUAAUUGCUGCUGUUAAUAUUAUGAUGGGCGUAGAUGCUGGGGAGAUUGAAAAAAGUAUGCAAAGAAUGCGGCAAAGAGAGGUAAUUAGGUUUGCCCCAUGGACUGUGCAAAAUAUCCAGGUGGCAGUAUCAAAGUCACCAAGCAAGAGUAUUUCUGGCAUGCUCCUCACAAAUACCACAGGAUUCUCCAGAGCCCUGCAGAAGAUAUCCUCGCAGUACGAUGUUCUAAAGAGAAGAAAUGCAUUUCUGGACAUGUACAGGAGAGAAGGAGAUGCGUACAUAGAUGAGUUUGAGCCAGCCAGGAUAUCUGUGCAGAAUGUCAUUGAUGAAUACAGACGAGCAGAACUGUCAAAUUAUCCAGAUAUAAGGAAUUCUUAG